AUGCGUAUCUCUGCGUCUCUUGUCUCCUCGCUGCUGCUUACGGCUUCGGUAGCAGGCGCCCAGGCUGUUCCCAAGCAGAACUACACAUGCACAAGCUUCAUGGUCAGAGUGCCCGUGUCAAACGUGACAGUGAUUGUGCCUCCCUUUCCAGAACUCCCCAAUCAAUACGCUGCCACAUCAUUGGCAAAUCAACUCACGAUUCGGACACCAUCCACUCCAGAUGUCAACCUGACCACCUUGACCAGGACGUUCAACAUCAGCGCAGAAUACUGCACUCCAUCCCCCCCCGGACCGAGAGCAUCAACCCUGCAGAUCCUCUCCCACGGUCUGGGCUUUAACAGAAGCUACUGGGACUUUUAUCUCCCCUCCAAGCGCAACGAUGCGCAGUAUUCGUACAUCAACAGCGCCACGGGCGCCGGCUACAGCACGCUAUCCUACAACCGUCUUGGUAUCGAACCCUCCACAAUCGCAGACCCCUAUACAGAGAUCCAAGGGUUCGUCGAAGUCGCAGUGCUCGUCGGACUCACGACACUCGUCCGCGCCGGAAACGUCUCGCAGGUCCCCGUGCCCCAGAAAGUCAUCCACGUAGGGCACAGUUGGGGCAGCGAACUCAGCGUCGGCCUCGCCGCUGUUGCUCCUGGUCUUUCAGACGGCGUCGUCCUCACGGGCUACUCCGCGCUCUCCCAGUACACGGCCUUCUUCAUCGCCAACACGGCCUUCCGUCUCGCGAACCAGAACCAACCCAGAAGGUUCCCUCCCAGCAGGUACUCAUCCGGGUUCCUGACCUGGCCCGAUAAAUCCGGCAACCAAUUCUCCUUCCUCGAAUAUCCCUACUUCGACCCCGCAGUGCUCGACCGCGCCGAGGCGACGAAAUACCCAUUCACCGUGGGCGAGUUUCUGUCAGCCUCGACUCUUCCCGUUGCGGCGCCUAGUUUUCCAGGCCCCGUGCUUUACGUGGCUGCACAGUCGGAUCUUAUCUUCUGCGCGAGUAACUGCACGGGUCUCUUUGGACCCGACAGCGUGGCGGUCCAAGGCUUCAAUGGCAGCAGUAGCGUUGAGACGUAUAUCCAGCCGAAUGUGGGACAUGGCAUCAACUUGCACCACAAUGCCACGGGCGCAUAUAAUGUGAUAUUGGACUGGGCGGAAAGACACGGGUUUUGA